AUGGGUGCUUCUAUUGAUGAAGAUCGCAAGACUUACCUGACAUGGAAGGAGAUGCAGCCUUUUAUCCAGUCAGCUCGAGAAAUGGCUUUCAAGCAAUUGGUACUUCUUUGGCAGAAGUGUAAGGACCUCGAUGAUUUCUUGCCCUUGUGGGGCGACGAGGUUGAAUACACUUUGGUUCGCUUUGAUAACGAAGAGCGGAAGGUUACAUUGAGUGCCUCUCAGCAGCAAAUUUUGGAGAGGUGGAGAGGAUACGAAAAAACGUAG